AUGUAUGUCGGUAGUAUCUUUUGUAAAGGCUUGUUGAAGAAACAAUAUGCUGCUAAUUUAAAGAGCAAAGGAGUUUUUGAAGAGGUAGCUCAAAGGUUACCUUCACCUCUAGCUACGGUAAGACCCAGUGAAGGAAUAAUAAUGGGCAUGAAAAAUAAUUUAUGUGAGAUUUGGGGGCACCUCGAAAAAGAAGAUGUGGGAAUCAUCGGCUUAUAUGGGUUAGGAGGAGUUGGGAAGACCACUCUGCUAACUGAAGUCAACAACAAGUUUGUCAAUACAACUCAUGAUUUUGAUGUUGUGAUUUGGGUAACGGUGUCCAGUAAUCUAGAUUUGGAUCAGGUUCAAGAUGACAUCGGAAAAAAGAUGGGACUUUAUGACGAGAUAUGGAAGAAUAAAAGACCAGAAGGAAAUAAAGAAGAUAUAUGUGGAGUGUUGAGCAAAAAGAAGUUUGUUUUGUUGUUGGAUGAUAUGUGGGAGCGCCUUGAUCUCUUAGAGGUUGGGAUUCCACUUCAAAACAAGCAAAACUCCAAGAUAGUAUUCACAACCCGUUCUAAAAGGGUGUGUGGCCAAAUGGACGCUCAUAAAACAAUUGAAGUGGAGUGUUUGCCAUGGGGGGAGGCUUGGGAUUUGUUCCAAAAGAAGGUUGGUGAAACGACCCUUAAAUCCGAUCCAAACAUACCUGAGCUAGCUAAACUUGUUGCCAAAGAAUGUGACGGCUUGCCACUUGCACUUGGUACAGUAGGUAGAGCCAUGGCUUACAAGCAAACACCCCAAGCGUGGAAGCAUGCUAUUAAAGUGUUGAAGAACUAUGCUGUGCGAUUUCCAGGUAUGGAAAAAAAGGUGUUUCGUCCUUUACAUUUAAGUUAUGAUAGUCUACCUAGCGACACAGUGAGGUCUUGUUUCUUAUAUUGCUCUUUAUACCCUGAAGACUCGUCUAUUCCUGUAGCGGACUUGAUAAACAAAUGGAUUGGUGAGGGAUUUUUAAAUGAAUGGAAUGACAAUGAAGAUGGAGCUGAAAACCAAGGGUAUGACAUUAUUGACACACUUCUUCAAGCAUGUUUGUUGGAAAAGGUAUCUAGUGACUUAGUAAAAAUGCAUGACGUGAUACGUGAGAUGGCAUUGUGGAUAGGUCGUGAAUAUGAGAAGCAGACCGACAAGUUUUUGGUGCGAGUAGGUGGGAGGGAGACUGAAGCACCAGAAAUUUCAAAAUGGAAAGAGGUAAAGAGGAUGUCAUUGAUGGUAACUAAAAUUGAGAGACUAAUAGGAACACCAACAUGCCCUCAGCUCACAACUUUGUUUCUGAAUGAAAAUUCUUUGAAGAUGAUCAGUAGUGGAUUCUUCCAAUCUAUGCAUGCUCUCAAAGUUCUAGACCUGUCAAUGAAUAAAUUUUUAUGUGCUUUACCAUCGGAAAUUGGUGAAUUGACUUCAUUGCAGUAUUUGAAUAUAUCUCACACGUGGAUAAGUUGGUUACCAGUUCAGCUCCAAAACUUGGUAAAUUUGAAAAUUUUGGAUAUGGAAGACAUAGAAUGUGAUCAAACUUCAAUACUCUAA